AUGCGCGUUGAGACUGCUACAUUGCAAAUGGAGAGUCGAACGCGCGUACAUCGAAUCCGCAGAAGCAAUCCGUUGACAGUGAGUCUUAUCCUGCUUGUGUUGUUGUGUGGUGCGAGCCCGUCUCGUGGAGCGGCGACAACGGACGACACUAGACUACCAUUGCAUGGAGUGAGUCCAGAUCGCUUUGUCCAAGGAGCACCUUUGACGGUGGCGGCUGUCUGUCGCGACGGUGUGGCUCUGCUGGCAGCGCACGCGCCCGACGACGACGAACCUCUCUUGUAUCAUAGACAUUUUGACGAGAACGGUGUCGACGAACGACCGAAUCAAGACAGUACAGAAAACAGCCCAGCUUUCCAAGAUUUACCGUCAGACUUUGGUGGUCCGUUCCGAAUACAUCCAAUCGAUGGAACGGGAACGGUUCUAGCGAGUACCGGGUGGAGGGCCGAUUGUGAACGGCUGGUGGCUGUGGCACAGUCGCUAGCUAGUUCUGAACGCUUGCGGUACGGCCCACCAGAUAUUGGUCAAAUAUAUCCGCAAUAUUUAGCGACGGAGCUUUCGUUGUACAUGGCACAAUGCGCUGCUUCCGAAGGGCUCCGAGCUUUAAGCUGUGUCGGUAUCAUGGCUGCUACGGGUCAUACGGAAGAAAAAGCCAGUUCCAGUCUCUGGUUCGUGGACUCCACCGGGGCAUACCCCGUACGUGCCUUUUGCGUAGGUGGCGGUUUUGCGGCUGGUGGAACGCCAGUUGCAAGGCUCGUCAACGAUCGUCUCUGUACGAUGGACUUUUCAAGGUUUUCAACACAGGAAGCUGUAUCGAAACUACUAGAGUUGUUGGCAGAGAAGGUGGAUGGCAAGAAUGCUCAACCUUUACUUAACGUAGGAUCAAGGGUCGAAGUGGGGAUUGUCAAAUCUUCGGCAACGUCAAGAUUAAUUAGGUUACCGAUCAAGAACCUAUAGCUUAAGAUCGAGGUGUAAUAAUGACAGUAAG